CUCGCUGCACAUGCAUCAAGUGGAACAGAGCCACAGCGCUGCACAGAAGUGAACCAGCAGUGUGUGAUUGAGAUUGAGAGAGAGGUGAGGGGGUGGAGAGAAAGAGAGAGAGGGAGAGAGAGAGAGAGCAUUUAGUCUUCUUCUUAGCAAGUCAAGGGAAGCACCAGUGUGGAGAAGUUCCAUGAAGCAAGUGGCACCAACUGAGGACAUUCUUUUUUAUCAGACCAUGAGAGCCAAGAAGUGGAGGUAGACGGAGAAGAAGAAGAAAAAGAAACAGACCCAGCUCAGUGAACAGGAGACCAUAGUUUCAUCUGAGGGAUUACUGGACAUUUUAUAUAUGAGUUCCUGUCAUGGUGAUAUCCUGCCUGAAGUAGCCUCUCUGUUUCUUGGAUUUCCCAGGGAUCAAAGUUUGUUUUCAAAGCAGAGCGUGUGAAUGAAGUGUGCGGAAGCAGGAAACAUGUCAAAUGGACUUUUCAGUCACCUGUUGAGGGGAGCGUGGCUGCUGUGGCAAGUGUUGUUUGUGGCUGGGACUGGGAGUAAACUAUGGGAGGUGCCCACAGCCUCCUUCACUUCCUCCUCCAACCAAAGUGAAGGUCUACACUGGGUGCCCCAUUGUCAGAACCGCCACCCACAGGACAGAGUGAGAAUCACAGCAGAUGUCCCCCCGAGACUGGACGGCACAUGGGUGUCAACAAGGUGUGAGGUUCGACCCGGUCCUGAGUUCCUCACCCGCUCCUACACCUUUCACCCCAACCGACACUUCCAGGCCCUGCAGCACUACUACACCGACAGCACCUGUGGGGAUCCGGCUUACUCCCUCCUGAUCUGGGGUAAGCUUCGCCUGCGCCAGGCCUCCUGGAUCACCAGUGGAGGCACUGAAGCUGAACCUCACCUGAGCAAGGUGGGCAUUGUUGUCCACAGCGUGGCAGCCAGGCAGAGACUGGCCUCUGGGCUGCCUCCAGUGUGCGUGGGUCUGACUCUGGGUCGAGUGGUGCCUGGGAAGCUGUAUGAACUGUACAACACCCGGGCAGGGAGGGGGUGUCUUGCAGCACUGGGUUUCUCCAUGAUGGAGUUGGGUCUAAUUCGAGUUGAGAUGCAGCAUCACAGCCACGGAGGGAAAAUCCAGGAGCUGUUUUUGGGAGAUAUUCACACCGACUGGACUCAGAGAACUCACUAUAGACCGACAGGAUACCAACAGCCACUGCAGAAUGCCAUGCAUCACAUCCACCCCUGCCCUGUGUGCGCUCUGGUGUACCGCUCCUCAGAGCAGCGCCCCCCAGUGCUGCCUCGCAGGUCUGCAGCCUCUGCUUCUCUGGCUGGACGCUGGGUCAGCCAGCGCUGUGAAACGCGUCCCACUGUCCUCUUCCUUACUAGAGACUUCUCCUUUGAUCCAGAGCAACAAGUGUGGGAGGGCAUCUACCGACACUACUCGGACCCUUUCUGCUCUCAACCCAUGUUCACGUUGAGAGCCUCAGGCCAUUACGCUCAGGGAAACCCAUCCUCCAAAGUCUUGGGUGCCACUGAGUUUGUCUUCAAAGUCACACAGGUGAGAAUCACAGCCAUGGAGGAGCCUACAGCCAAGCUGCUGAAUGAGACAAGGCCAGGGAAGUGUGGUCGGGCUGGAGGCUGGGAGGUUGGUGUGGAGCAGGAUUUGACCCCCACACAUGGGUGCACAGUACUCGGCAUCAAGCUGCCACAUAAGGAGUUUGAGCUCUUCAAGUUUGAGCCAGACCACAGGAAACACCCCCUGCUGUUCAUUGGAGAGAGACCUACUGAUGGAUCCAGUCCUGAUCGACCGCAAAAGAGACCAACUUCCUUUCAAGCGCCCAUGGUGCUUUGCAGUGGCGGUGAAAGGCCUCACCACCAGCCCCCACAUCACUCAGAGUCAGGAUUUAACAGUAAGCAAGUCCAGGUAACAGGCAAUGGAACAGAGAGACUUACACAGUUGGUGUUACUAUUGCUUGGAUCUGUGCUUUUCAGCUUGUCUGGCAUUCAUUAGACAUUGUUCAAAAAUCAAGCUGAAGUCAUUUCACAGACAUUUUCUGGAAGCUUUUUCUUCCAUAUGAUGAUGACCACAUGUGUGAUAGUCAAGAAAACCAUGAGGCACUCAAGAGAAAUCUGUUGUGUUUGAUCCCUGGCUAUCAGGUGCUGCCUUUAGGUUCACUUUAAUGACUCUUAACUUCAGCUAUAUAAACAACCAACAUUAUACAAGUGGCAUAAUUUCAAUAUCUUAAAUACAUGUAUAGUUCUUUAAAACCACAAUCAAAAACAGAUCAUUCCUUUUUCACAUGUGUGGGUAAAGCCUCUUUGCCUACAGCAAGAUAACAGUUCUCAAACAUGGAUCAGUUAUUUCUACAUCGAAUGAAAUACCCGGAAACUCCACUGGACUCUUCAUGAUGCAGUAUGACUAAUGCACUUUGUAUAUAACUCUUUUUGUUCUUCUUUUUUUUUUAAAAAAACAUACUGGGCAGAAAAUGAAGUAGAAGUAGAAAAUGCACUCCAAUAGAUGCUAUAUCCCUUUUGGUGUAAUCCCACUGUGGUGUGGUUUGUGGCCUUAUCUCUGUCCUCUUUCAAAAAGAGUGCAUUAGUCUUUUCAUCAGCAAUCUAAUCAGAGGAAUAUUUAUUUUAACCAUUUUUAUCGUACUUUUUGAUUAAAAAAGAUGUCUGUCUAAUAUUUUAGUAUUGUCUCCAUGUAAGAAGUGAAUAUUGUCUAUGUAUAUUAAAAAUGACUUUUCAUAACA